AUGGCGGCUCCCAGCACGGCGGUCCUCAACUCAAACCCGACCGUUGCUAUCUCCGAGCAUAGUAGCAACAUGAACAACAACGUGAAUGAGGCAGGGAAUGUUCGAAAACCAAACUAUCAGCUUCGCUAUUUGCUUGAGGGCCAUGAAAAGGCUGUAGCGUCCGUCAAAUUUUCACCCUGCGGAAAGUAUCUCGUCAGUGCAUCCGCUGACAAGACGAUUAUGCUGUGGGAUGCAGCCACAGGCGAACACAUUCACAAAUUUGUGGGCCAUACCCACGGGAUCUCUGACUGCGCCUGGUCUACAAGAUCUGAGUACAUAUGUUCCGCUUCCGAUGAUCAGACGAUUCGAAUCUGGGAUGUUGCUGAGAAGAAAUGUCUGAAAGUUCUCACCGGUCACACUAGCUAUGUCUUCAAUUGCUCCUUCAACCCUCAGUCAAACCUGAUCGUUAGCGGCUCGUUCGACGAGACUGUUCGAAUAUGGGAUGUGAAGAGUGGGAAGUGCUUGCGGGUGCUGCCAGCGCACUCUGAUCCUGUGACGGCUGUUCAGUUCAACAGGGAUGGGACCUUAAUUGUGUCCUGCAGUUUUGAUGGGCUGUGCCGAAUUUGGGAUACCGCGACAGGUCAGUGUCUUAAGAGCUUGAUAGACGACGACAAUCCUCCUGUAUCCUUUGUGACUUUCUCUCCGAACUCGAAAUUUAUUCUGGCCGGUUCGCUGGACAACAAACUUAGAUUGUGGGACUUCACCAACGGCAAAUGCUUGAAAACAUACACAGGGCACACGAAUCAGAAAUUUUGCAUCUUUGCGACCUUCGCAGUGCACGGGGAGGACAGAUGGGUCGUGAGUGGCUCCGAGGACAAGGGAGUAUACAUAUGGGACGUUCAAUCAAAACAAGUUGUGCAGAAGUUGGAGGGGCACGGGGACACCGUCGUUGGGGUGUCGGCCCAUCCAACGAUGAACAUGAUCGCCUCAUGCUCGUUGGCUGGCGAUCCCAGGAUUCGCAUCUGGGUUGAUGAAUCCUCCAAGUGA